CUUCACUGUACUGCUGUACACGUUCGAGGUAUAAGUACCGGGCACCGCCCAUCAGUCUCCUCAUCAUUCUUCAUUCAAAUCCCCAAGCAGUGUUGUGCAUUACGCAAGUUUAAACAAGUGACUCUGAUCAGUCUCUAUCUACUCCUAUUUCUUUCUCAGUUCCUUUAACACCAUGGCUCCCACUCUUAACGUCACCCACAUCGGCACUGCCACUGCCAUCCUCGAGAUCAACGGCGUCAACUUCCUGACGGACCCGUUCUUUUCUCCAGCCGGUACCUUCUGGGACCGGGGCGUUAUAGUCCUGAAGGUAACAGAGGAUCCUGCCCUCCGUCUGAACCAGCUUCCUGUGAUCGAUGCCGUGCUCCUCAGUCACGAAGACCACCCCGACAACCUAGACGAGCUGGGCCGUCAACUCCUAGACGGACGCCGCGUCUUCACCACCGUCGACGGAGCCAAGAACCUCGCUCCUCGUCCCGCCGUGCGCGGCAUGCAGCCCUGGGAGGAGAUUGAAACCAUUAUCGCUGGCAAGAAAUUCAAGAUAAUUGCGACCCCGACCAAGCACGUUCCUGGAAACGAAUGUACCGGCUUCAUUGUAACCGGCGAAGACUUUGGACAUCACGAGGACGGCCUCCCCAACGCAAUCUACUUUACGGGUGAUACUGUCUACAUCGAAGAACUGGACUCUAUCGCGGACCGGUAUCAUAUUUGCGCUGCCGUGAUGAACUUGGGGAAUGCUCACGCUCCUAACAUGGAGGAUCUUAACGGUCCCCCCAUGCAGAUCACCAUGGGUGGCAAGGAUGGUGCUAAGCUAUUCCGUGCGCUCAAGGCUGACGUCCUUGUUCCUAUGCACUAUGAAUCCUGGGGCCAUUUCACUCAAUUCGGCACUGAGCUGCGCCAGGCUUUUGAGGACGAGGGUAUCAGUGAUAAGAUCUGUUGGUUGAAGGGAGGUGAGGAGGUUUCGGUUCUCUAGAGCUUGUGGGAGGAUAUGUCAUGGGGUUUCCCUUUCCUAUGCUUAACAUGUAUUAUACAGUAACAAUUUGC